CACGCAUACUCGCGCCUCGCCAAAGCAACGCAUCUCUCGUCUCUAAGCCAAUACAUACGUUGCGAUUUUUUGACAUUGUCUGGUAAGUAGUGUAUAUUCUAUGAUAUUAAAUCCUUUUUUUUUUCUUUUUUUUUUGGAUCUAUUGUUUUUGCCUGUUCUAUCCUCUCUUGGCUUGAGUCAUCACGUUUUCAUUUCCCCCCAUCGAUGGUGCUUGCGCGGGAUACUUCGGCCACACCGGUUAUCAAAGUGUCCCUCUACGAUCAAUAUAACAUCGAGCGCCCUCAACAUGGUUGUCGACGUUACGAGCAACCUGCUCGCGGACAUCUGGGGCAUAAAUUUGGAGGCAGAACCUUUGCGGAGUCUACUUCCUGAUGAAGCACCACGCGCCCGCGGCAUUAAUCGCUACGGUCGCUUGGCCGACGGACUUGAACGGUCGCUCGAAUGAUUCUGUCUCCGCUGAAGAUCGCUACGUCUCCAUUGUCGCCAUUGACCGGCUUGGUUCGAUUAUCUCCCAGUUCUGAGUAGCGCAGUGAAGGGAGGAUUGGAUGGGCCAAUUGACACGGUCGCAACCGGGCGCGGAUGA